UCCAUCAAUGUAAUUGAGCAUGACACACCACAAACGGUAAAACAUUGCAGCAGGACUACAAUAUUCACCCUUUGGCCAAUAAAACAAAUCCUCCAAUUUAGUAAACGAUUGCAUGCGGAAAGAACAGCAUGGUUUCACGAGCCCUGAAAAUAGUGCAAUAUGGCGCAUUACCGUACUUGCAUGCCGAGCUAUCGCACACCGGGAAAAGCUAUCGAUUCGCGCAAACAACCACCCGACUGGUGGUGACAUCCGUGUAUGCGGUGCUGGUGGUACUAUCCGGCAUUCCCCCGUUGCUGGUAUUAAUCUACGAUCUAAAUACGCUAGACCUCACGGAAUGGAUAUCGCUGCUGGAGCUGUUGUUGGAGUGGUGCAGUGCGCUUUUAGCGUAUCUCAUAUUCUUCCACCAUCGAAUGCAGACAACGAAUUUGUUGAACGAAACAAUCAACACUAGUGAACGAAUGCUGUCGGCAAAUGCAGCUCGUGCGAACCAUUUCCCCCGAAUCGUCAACCGGUGGCUGAUCAGACUGACAAUAAUCGUAACUUUUCAUCUUCUGCUGGCCUGCAGCAUAAGCGAUGCAAUUCCUGAACAAUGGUUAAGCGAUCCGCUGCACUCGGUGAGCUACAGAUUUUCCCUGUUUUGUGCAUCGUUCAUUCUUUCCACUUACGUCCGAUCGCUGGAACUUUACAUGCUGUUUAUUGAUCAUACCCAACGGCGGCUGUACGGCAGCUUGAACAUCGCAAUGCAGGAUCUGACUCAAAUCCAAAGCUAUCGCCGUGUGCUUCGAAUGAUCGAAGAUGAUGCUGAAUUGAAUGGCUUAGUGGUUGCAUUCGUCCAGCUUCAGAAUGCCGUCAUAGCGUCAGUGCUGUUUUACCACUUUUUUGGAACCGUUUCAGACAGUUACGAGCUGUUCGUCGGCUUGAAGGAAGUGUUCGAUGCAGUGCGCCACGGCCAUGCACUGUUUGGGGCGGUAUUGCUUCGCAGCAGCUUGAAACUAUUGCUUCGCUGUAUCGAUUUUCAUUCAAUGAUUUACGGCUUUAACAAGCUUCAUCAAAGGCAAAUUGACUCAACGUUCAGCGUUUGUCAGAACAUUCCAGCGGCGGAACCAUGGGGAGCAGGGAUCAACUAUGGUCGAAUGCAGGAAAUAGUGACACUACAUAUGAUGCACAAAAGUGCAUCAAUCGACAUUUCGGGUGUAAUAUCGUUGAAUAAUUCACUUCUCUUUAAGGUAAUGGGUUCCACUCUCGGCUUUAUCGUACUGCUGAUGCAAUUUAAAUUAUCCGAGCAAGUGUAG